AUGCCGUGCAAGGGGGGCGGCGAUGGAGCCGCAGCCGAGGAAGCCGAGGUGGUGCUGAGGGCAGCGAUCACAGGUGUUCCGCACUUGGCCGUGCCUGUGCAGCUUUGCAGGGAAGAAGCGGAUUUCCUUGGCUACUUGAGGAUGCGAUGUCAUGAGCAGCUCAAGCUGCCUUACUUCAGGAGCACUUUCGUUUCAGAAACAAGGGAGACGCGAGGAGCCCUGCAUGGGGCGCGUUCGUGGGAGAGUCUCGGGUGCCCAAUGAAGAUCUCCGUCCUCACGAACGGCUUCUUGCCAGAGGAGGAUGCUGCCUACGAGGCCUACCGGCAGAUGAUUCUGAAAGCAGCUGAGAGUGAGAAUAGCAAGGAGGCAGCCGAGCUCAUCGCAAGAGCUCUCUUUGCCUUCCAGGAUCCGGAUGUCUCUGACGACCGGGGUGAGACGGCAACGUGGAAGGUCUGCCGGAAAGGCGAUGUGGGCCAGCUUCGUCUUCUGCUUCUUGGUGAUGCCGACGUUACGAAAGCCGAUGACCAGGACUCGGCGACGCCCUUGUUCGUGGCGGCACAAGAAGGGCACCUCGAAGUCCUCCGGCUGCUUUGCUUGCAUUGCCGCAGCAAAGAGGAGCAUUUGGACAAAUCGCAAAAGGCCGGCGCGACGCCACUGUACGUGGCCUCCCAGAACGGUCACCUGGCUUGCGUGGAGGUCUUGACCGACGCGAAGGCUGACCUAAGCCGCGAGACCUUGAACAAGACCACGCCGCUGCUGAUCGCUGCGCAGAAAGGACACCACGAUAUUUUGAAAUAUCUGCUGCGAGCAGGCGCGCCCCUCAAGCGAGCCGAUGCUCCGAUGAAAGACGUCGCAGACGCGACAGGCACAACGGCGCUGUGCAUCGCAGCGCAGAACGGACACCAGACUGCUGUGGAGACGCUUUUGGAGGUCGCCGCUUGCAUAGAUGCCGCUAACAGAGAUGGUGCCACGGCGCUCUUCAAAGCAUGCCAGAGGGGUCGAGUUGGAGUUGUUCGUCUGCUGCUGGACAACAUGGCGACCGUGGAUUAUCCGGGACACGAUGGGACGACCCCUCUGAUCAUUGCAGCCCACAAUGGACACAUGGAUGUCGUGGAACUGCUCGUUCAGGCAAGGGCAGACAUUGCCCAUGCUACGAACGCAGGCUCAAAUGUGUUUCUCGUCAGUGCGCAACGCAGCAAUAUGGAGAUGCUGCGAUACUUGAUGCGUCACAGCUGCGAUGAGAGCAGGGCGAUGGAAGCUUUACAUGAAGGGGUUCAUGAAUGCGAUGCACGGCAGUCAGAUGCUCAGCGCAGCAGUCUGUCACGUUCGGUGCAGGCUGGUGAAGUUGCAGUGGUGAAGUGCUUGCAUGAAGCGGCGAUUGACAUCAACAUGAAAUUGGACGACGGCAUUGCUCCUCUGGUUUUUGCUUGCAGAAGUGGCAAGGUAGACAUGGUGAGGGUGCUUGUGAGAGCUGGACCAUCGCAGCAUGACAUCAUGGAGGCUCGGCACGUGGCACAAAUAUCAAAUCACUUGGAGUGCGAGCGCCAUCUCCCGCGUGAGCUGGACUGUCCAGAGAGUCUAUAG